AUGACACUUCGAAUCCUGCCGAGAAGGUGUCGAGCUGAAAAAGGAUCGGAGUCACUUUCCUGUCCGGCGAUAGCAAGCAGGGUGACCGCGCGACGGAACGAACACACGGACGCCAUGAUGAGCUCUAGAGAGAGAAAGCGGCACUUGCACUGCCCUUCCUGGAGGGAAUCAGCAAAAGUCACGUCCCUGGCACCCGUAUCUCCAACGCCCAUUGGCGCAGUCAAAGUCAUCCGAGCUGAACGGCCCGAAUUCUAUAAUGGAGACACCAUAAUUCUGGCAGGUUUGUUGUUCCUUUUCCAUUUUCCUCGACUUUUUAUUUGCUUUUACUGCAUCGAUACCGAGUGGUAUUACGAGAGGAUCUUCGUCAACAUGGUUCCAAAGGAGUAG